AAUGAAUCAUCCGCACCUGCAGCUUUGCUGGAGCCGCUGCAAGCCAUGGGGAUUUUGAACUCAUCUUCAUCAUUCAUAUGAGGGAACCAGUAAUAGAAUCCUUGGAAUUACAAUGACACUUAUCAGAAGCAUUCAUGUAUUUUGUAGUAUUGUUAUGUCAGUGCAGGGCUGGGCUUCAAUGCUGCCAGAAGAAAGGGAAUUGACAACCAACUGUUCCAACAUGUCCCUAAGAAAGGUUCCUGAAGACUUGACCCCAACUACAACCACACUGGAUUUAUCCUACAACCUCCUUUCUCAACUUCAGAGUUCAGAUUUUCAUUCUGUCUCUAAACUGAAAGUUUUGAUUCUAUGCCAUAACAGAAUCGAAGAGCUGGAUAUCAAGACCUUCGAAUUCAACAGAGAGUUAAGAUAUUUAGAUUUGUCUUACAACAGAUUGAAGAUUGUAACUUGGUAUUCGCUGGCAGGUCUCAGACAUUUAGAUCUUUCUUUCAAUGACUUUGAUAGUGUGCCUAUCUGUGAGGAGACUGGCAACAUGUCACAUUUGGAAAUCCUAGGUUUGAGUGGGGCAAAAAUACAAAAAUCAGAUUUCCAGAAAAUUGCUCAUUUGCAUCUAAAUACUGUCUUUUUAGGAUUGAGAAGUCUUUCUUAUUAUGAAGAAGGUAGCCUGCCCACCUUAAACACAACAAAACUGCAUAUUGUUUUACCAAUGAACACAGAUUUCUGGGUUCUUUUGCGUGAUGGAAUCAAGACUUCAAAAAUACUAGAGAUGACAAAUAUAGAUGGCAAAAGCCAAUUUGCAAGUUAUGAAACUCAACAAAAUCUUACGUUAGCAAAUUCCAAGACAUCUAUUCUACUGCUUAAUAAAGUUGAUUUACUCUGGGAUGACCUUCUCUUCCUCUUCCAGUUUGUUUGGCAUACAUCAAUAGAAUGUUUCCAAGUCCAACAUCUGACUUUUGGAGGCAAAGUUUAUCUUGACCAUAAUUCAUUUGAUUACUCAAAUAGUGUAAUGAGAGCUAUAAAAUUGGAGCACAUACAGUUCAGAAUUUUUUAUAUUCCACAGGAGAGGGUCUACUUGCUUUUUACCAAAAUGGAUAUAGAAAACCUAACUAUAUCAGAUGCACAAAUGCCACACAUGCAGUUUCCUAAUUAUCCUACAAGAUUCCAAUAUUUAAAUUUUGCUAAUAAUAUCUUAACGGAUGACCUGUUUAAGCAACCUAUCCAAUUGCCUCAUUUGACAACUUUCAUUUUGAAGGGCAAUAAAUUGGAGACACUUUCUUUAGUGAGUUUCUUUGCCAGCAACACAUCCUUGAAGCACUUAGAUCUGAGCCAGAAUCUGUUACAAUAUGAAAAUGAUGAAAAUUGCUUUUGGCCAGAAACCUUGACCACUAUGAACCUGUCAUCCAACAAAUUUGCUGAUUCUGUUUUCAGGUGCUUGCCCAGAAGUAUUCAAAUACUUGACCUGAAUAAUAACAAAAUUCAAACAGUCCCUAAAGAGAUUAUUCAUCUGAAGUCUUUGCGAGAACUAAAUCUUGCAUUUAAUUUUUUAACUGAUCUUCCUGGGUGCAGUCAUUUCAGAAAACUUUCAGUUCUGAACAUUGAAAUGAACUUAAUUCUCAGCCCAUCUCUGGAUUUUUUCCAGAGCUGUCAGGAAGUUAAGACUCUGAAUGCAGGAAGAAACCCAUUCCGGUGUACCUGUGAAUUAAGAGAUUUCAUUCAGCUGGAAAAAUAUUCAGAGGGUAUGAUGAUUGGAUGGUCAGAUUCAUACAUCUGUGAAUACCCUUUGAAUCUAAAGGGGACUCGGUUAAAAGACGUUCAUCUUCCUGAAUUAUCUUGCAACACAGCUCUGUUGAUUGUCACCAUUGUGUUUAUCGUGCUAGUUCUAGGGACGGCUAUAGCCUUCUGCUGCCUCUACUUUGAUCUGCCUUGGUAUCUCAGGAUGCUAGGGCAGUGGACACAGACAUUGCAGAGGAUUAGGAAGACAACCCAAGAACAACUCAAGAGAAAUGUCCAGUUCUAUGUAUUUAUUUCAUACAAUGAACAUGAUUCUACCUGGGUGAAGCAUGAAUUAAUUCCCAAUCUAGAGAAAGAAGAGAAAUUGAUUUGCCUUCAUGAAGGAAACUUUGACCCUGGCAAGAGCAUUACUGAAAAUAUUAUGAAUUGCAUUGAGAAAAGCUGUAAGUCUAUCUUUGUUUUGUCUCCCAACUUUGUCCAGAGUGAGUGGUGCCAUUAUGAACUUUACUUUGCUCACCACAAUCUCUUCCAUGAAAAUUCUGAUUACAUUAUUUUUGUCUUACUAGAACCCAUUCCCCUCUACUGUAUUCCUACCAAGUAUCCUAAGCUGAAAGCUCUUAUGGAAAAGAAAGCAUACCUGGAAUGGCCCAAGGAUAGGCGUAAAUGUGGACUUUUUUGGGCAAAUCUUCGAGCUUCUAUUAAUGCUAAUUUAUUAGAAACCAGAGAGAUGUGUGAACUACAGACAUUCAUGGAGUUGAAUGAAGAGUCUCGAGGUUCUGCAAUAUCUUUGAUAAGAACAGACUGCCUAUAAAAAAAAAAAAAAAAUCCUCCUUUCCCCUAGGGAAAUGGGGCCUGCAUACACCAUGGGGAUAGAAGUUGAUACAGGCUUUAUGAUGGUUAUUUGGCAAUAUCAUUUAAAUGAAAAAAAUGAUUAUUUUUUAUGUCAGU